AUGGCAUCGAACAAAGCCGCCUACAUCAAGACGCGCCAUGCGCCAGUCGAGGUAGAAGCCACUGAAGUGUGGGUUCCUGGACAUGGCGAGGUCUUGGUUCGGAAUGAAGCCAUUAGCUUCAACCCAAUUGAUGCCAAGAUUCAAAGGCUGGACUUGUUCCAAUCAACUUACCCUCUUGUCGGCGGCUUCACAUUUGCCGGGACCGUCGUCGACGUCGGCCCUGGGGUCACGUCCGUACAACAAGGCGACCGAGUCGCAGUUGCUCGCUGGGGCACAGCAGCAAGUGAAAACAAAUACGGGGCCUGGCAGCAAUAUGCAAUCGGCCUAGAGGAAUACCUGGUGAGACUCGCGCCAGAGACUUCCCUAGAGGUUGGUUCCGGUGUCAUCGCCAACCUUGCGACGGUGGUCUCCGCCCUGACAAUUCACAUGGGCUUGUCCAAGCCGCCCGUCGCGGGACGUUCGGAGCCGAAUGGGAAAAGGAUCUUUGUAUACGGGGGGUCAUCUGCAGUUGGCGGACUGGCAGUGAAGUAUGCCUCGGAUGCUGGGUACCACGUCGUGACGACUUCUUCGCCGAGAAACAGAGAGCUUGUGGAACGGCGCAAGGCCGCGUAUAUCAUCGACCAUACUCAACCAAGAGAGGACCUUGUUACAGAAAUUCUGGCUCAUGGGCCUUAUGACGGCGUCUUUGAUAGUAUUGGCUCGUCAGAGGCGACCCAGCUUAUGGGUGAGUUGCUUCGAGAUACUGGAGGCCUGUUCUUCGCAACCGGUCCUACUCCGGAGGACAACGCGCUCCCCACCAAUGUGCAGAAGAAGUGGGCGGGAUAUUCCGACAUCCUAGUGUCGGAGGCGGCGAAUCAACAUCUCCGUGAUUGGUAUUUGAGAAGCUACCUGCCAGCAGCUUUGGAGAGUGGUGAAGUAUGGCCGAAUCCUGCAGUUAAGCUUGAGGGAGGGUUGGGUUCUGUUCAGCGGGCGCUGGAUUUGAUGUUUGAUGGUAAAGUCAGCGGGUCCAAGUUGGUCGUUAAUCCUUGGGAUUGA